GUUCAGACUACUUGUUUUGCUGUCUCCAUUUUAACCUCAGACUAAGAACAGCCAUCAGAAUGGCCUUUUGGUAUUUUACACAAAGGACUCAGUGUUCAUGGUUCUGCUUGGUGAACCCGAAAUAGCAUUGAGUAAGCAGUGACAUACUGACAGUGUUGUGCUACUAAAAGCACAGCAUCCCUAACUCAGAGCACAUUGAGAUAUGGAGAUUUUUCUGAGAAGCUUGUAAAACUAAGUCAGAAGAUCUUUUUCUUUCUUCCUCCUGUAAGUGGUAGCAACCUCAAGUUUCCGUUUACUCAGGUGCCCUGGGAUUUGAAUCUGAGCAGGAAUAUACAGGAUACUUAAGAUUAUAAAGGAGUAUUGAGAAACAAAUGCAUUUUGUUUGCAUCAUUCCUUUUCUUCUGCAGAAUAAUGCUUAGAAUCCAAACACACACAACAAUGAAUUGCUGUUUCCUGAAACACUGGAUGUUGGUGAUUCCUCUCCUUUGGUAUUACCUUAAAGUUGCAGAGAACUUGCCAGCUGGGAGGGCUCAGAAAGAAACCCCAUUUCCUGGAAGAGCUAAGCGUGGCUGGGUGUGGAACCAAUUCGUUGUACCAGAGGAAAUGGAUACUAGACAACAUGUUGGACGGCUAAGAUCUGAAUUAGACAAUGGAAACAACUCUUUCCAGUACAAUCUACUGGGCACAGGAGCUGGAAGCUUCAGCAUUGAUGAACGAACAGGUGACAUAUUUGCCAUCCGGAAGCUCGAUAGAGAGGAACAAUCCCUCUACAUCCUGAGAGCCCAGGUAACAGACACCAUCACUGGAAAGGCUGUGGAACCUGAGUCUGAGUUUGUCAUCAGAGUUUUGGAUAUCAAUGAUAAUGAACCCAAAUUCCUAUAUGAACCCUAUGAAGCCACUGUUCCGGAGAUGUCUCCAGAAGGAACAUUUGUUAUCAAGGUGACAGCCAAUGAUGCUGAUGACCCUGCAACUGGUUAUCAUGCUCGAAUCCUAUACAACUUAGAACAAGGACAACCAUAUUUUUCUGUUGAGCCAACAACAGGAGUCAUAAGAAUAUCUUCUAAAAUGGAUAGAGAGUUACAAGAUACAUACUGUGUAAUUAUUAAAGCCAGAGACAUGCUUGGUCAGCCUGGAGCCUUGUCUGGAACAACUACGGUAUCAAUUAGGCUGUCAGAUAUUAAUGACAACAAGCCAAUAUUCAAAGAAAGUUUCUACCGCUUCACUGUAUCUGAGUCUGCACCCAGUGGUACAUCUAUAGGAAAAAUUAUGGCCUAUGAUGAUGAUAUAGGAGAGAAUGCAGAAAUGGACUACAGCAUUGAAGAGGACGAUUCACAAACCUUUGGCAUCAUCACUGAUAAUGAGACUCAAGAAGGUAUAAUUAUACUAAGAAAGAAAAUUGAUUUUGAGAACCAGAGCCAUUAUGGCUUUAGAGCUAAAGUUAAAAACCGCCAUGUUGACGAGGAACUUGCAUCAGCCCAUGAAAAUGCCUCCUCAACCUACAUUAAAGUUCAAGUGGAAGAUGAAGAUGAACCUCCUGUUUUCCUCCUACCAUAUUAUAUAUUUGGAAUUCCUGAAGAAAUGCCAUAUGGAUCAAUGGUAGGAAGAGUAUCUGCUAUAGACACAGAUCGAAGACAAUCUCCUAUAAGAUAUUCACUCACUGGAAGCAAAAUGUUCCAUAUCAAUGACAAUGGAACAAUAAUUACCACUAACCUCCUUGACAGGGAAGUCAGUGCUUGGUACAACCUGAGUGUCACAGCUACAGAAGCAUACAAUGUACAACAGAUCUCUUCAGCUCCUGUAUAUGUACAAGUUUUUAAUAUUAAUGACCAUGCUCCUGAGUUCUCUCAGUACUACGAGACUUACGUUUGUGAAAAUGCUGAAUUUGGUGAGGUAAUUCAGAUCAUCAGUGCAAUAGACAGAGAUGAGUCCAUAGAAGAUCACCAUUUUUACUUUAAUCACUCUGUGGAAGACACAAACAACUCAAGUUUUAUACUAACAGACAAUCAAGAUAACACAGCUGCAAUUCUGACAAAUAGAACUGGUUUUAGCCUUAAAGAAGAGCCUGUCUUCUCCAUGAUCAUCUUGAUUGCCGAUAAUGGAAUCCCAUCUCUUACAAGCACAAACACCCUCACUAUACAAGUCUGUGACUGUGGAGAAAGUAGAAGCACAGAGAUGUGCACUAACAAGGGACUUCUGUUUCUCAUGGGAUUCAAAAAAGAAGUAAUAAUUGCCAUCCUGGUAUUCAUUAUGGCAAUAUUUGGGUUUAUCAUUUUGAUGCUGGCUAUGAAGCAGCGGAGAAAGCAAAUGCUUAUUCCAGAGAAAAGUGAAGAAUUUGGAGAGAAUAUAUUUUGCUUUGAUGAUGAAGGCGGUGGAGAAGAAGAUUCAGAUGCCUUUGAUGUUGUAGAGAUGAGAAGCAACAUGGUCAUGAGGGAAAGAAAUCCUCGGAAAAGCAAGAGCAUGGAGAUAAGGAGCCUGUACAGGCAGUCCCUGCAGGUUGGGCCAGACAGUGCUAUAUUCCGACAAUUCAUCCUAGAGAAGCUAGAAGAAGCAAACACAGAUUCAUGUGCUCCACCCUUUGACUCACUGCAGACCUUUGCUUUUGAAGGCACGGGGUCAUCAAGUGGCUCCCUGAGCUCCAUUGGAUCCAGAUCCACUGAUCAGGAAGAUAAUUUUGAUUACCUUAAUGACUUAGGACCUCGUUUUAAAAGAUUAGCAUGUAUGUUUGGUUCUGCAAUGCAACCAAACAAUUAAGGCUUCCCUAUCUCAACAGGCAAGAAGUAUAUAUAUACAUGAAAUGGUAGGCUUUUGGUAGAAUUACAGUCUCUGGCUUUCUGUCUAGUAGGAGCCCUUUAUGUAGAACUAUGAUCUUUUCAAAUACACACUCGUGGAUAUUUCCAGUUCAACACAGAGCUUGGGAGGGAUAAAACUGAUCAUAUUUUAGAUAACACUGAAAGCCACCCUACAGUAUCACUGAGAUGAUCCUCUAGAAUUUUUCCACGUGAUCCAAUGCAAAUUCUCAACAACUCAGAAGGGGAAAAUAGGAAAUGCACCAAAUAAAGCUGUCUGCGCAGUUUCUCAUCUGCCCGUUUUUUUACAACAUAAGAAUGAAGCCUCUAUGUGUACUAAAUUCCUGGUACCAUGCAAAGAUCAAUUCUAAGACCUGGGAGAAACUUGAGCAGUUUCAUAAAGAGUUACAAAUAUUGUUUUAUAUGUUAGCAGUUUUCUGAUUGAGAUUCUAUGAAUCAUUUUAUUUUGCAACUUUUAAAUUUUUGCCAAGAUUACACUUUACUACUCUGAAUUUACCUAUCUAUGCAAAAUGAAUUAAUCACAGCUACCCAGUAACUCACAUUACUUCACUUCUUCUGAGUUUGUAUAACAAAGGGAAGCAGAAGGUAUUCUUAGGGACUUUUCAUAGACUGAUUUCCUAACUCCAAAUGCCGAUUCUUUUCAUGAAAAACUACAAUAACCAAAUUCAGGUCAACAUUCACUUGUGAUUAAAUUAUUGCUUUUGUAACUCAUGGAAAGUUCAGAAAUUCUUAAGUAUGUUCUGCUUUCUACUAAAACUGUAAUAGCCAAAUGACAGCAGUAUUGUAUUCAAAUUUGAAUUACUAUUUACCACAGAUGUUACAAUCAUCUGCUCUGUGUUUCACUAUUGGUAUAAAUAAAACAUGAUGCCACUCUCUGCAUUUCCUUUAGUUAGGAGCUUAUCAUGUGACUGAUCACUCAGUGCCAUUACUUCUUAUUGAAUUUGAAAUCAGAUGCAAUGGAAACUUCUCAUCAUAGUACUAGGAAGGAGUAAAUGCUAAGGUGUCAGACACACAACUUUAACAUAAACUAGAUUAUUAUAAGGUAAUAAAACAUGGUAUUUUUAAUUGACUUUUCAAGAAUGUUUCUUAUUAUAUCAAAAUCAUGAUGGAGUCAAAAUUGAUAUUUGAAUAUAAAAUAAUGCAGUGAGUACAAUGUUCUUCACAUUGUUUUGAAUGACUAUUUUUAUUUAAUAGUGUGUACCUUGAAUUUAAGUAUGUAUAUUUAUAUGAAAUAUUUUAAGUGAUUUUGUAUGUAUUAGGGCAAAUGAAUAGUUGUAUUUUUUCUUUGUAUUCUGAAACUCAAACAUCUAUAUAAAAUAAUAAAUAAAUAUAAAUUUGAAAUUGGAAUCAUUUUGUUUGUGCCACAGAUAUCAUUACCUUGUAAGAACAUGAAACAAUCAUAUUUGAAAUACAACAGUUAAGACAGUAAAAGUAGAUGAGACAUUGCAAGCUACAAUAGAUCAUUACAUGUUAAUGUAAUAUUGUUUUGCUCUUGGGAAAAAGGUAUAGAACAGCUAGGAGGUGUUGGCAUGCACCUUUAACCCCAGCACUCAGAUCUCUGUGAGUUCGAAGCCAAACUGUUCUAGAGUGAGUUCCAGGACGGCCAGAUCUACACAGAGAAACUCUGUCUUAAACAUAAGAAAAAAAGUACAAAACAAAAAUAUUAUCAAAAAACCCAAAACAUAUAAUUCAUAUGGAGAUGUAUGCAUUGGGAAUUUAUUAUUCCUAUCAUAUUGGCCUAUUGCUCAAUCAUAUAUUGUACAAAUUGUAAAGAAUAAAAUCAAUCCUUUAAUGGCUAUUUCAUAAAUUUUAAAAUGAGUGUAAUGGAAUCCUUGCUGAGGAACUGAAAAGUAUGAUAAACAAAGAUGAUUAAAUACAAAUAAAAUAGAGUCAAGAAGGGAAAAUAAACUUGGUAAUCACAGCAGAGUUUUUAUAUAUUAAUCACCCUGGUCAUCUGUAUGAACAACUUAUAUAUAUAUGAUAUAAAUUAUAUAACAAUGUGUUUAUUGUUCAUCAUUAGUUACUCUGUGGAGAUUUGUUAAAAACACAUUGUGCUUUAUAUAAUUAUAGGAUUGUAAAAUGCAGGAUACACUGGGAAAUUUUCUAAUUAUAUUCAUAAUUGUUAGUAAAGCAUGUACCACUUUUAGCCAUCUCAGGGAAUUUUAUCUAGGACUAGGGAAUUUAUAAACUGCUAGAAGCAAUAAUGGGCAAUAUUGUUAUUGUUUAUCUUCUGCUUAAACAUAAGUGCUGCAAAAGUUCAGCUAUCUGCCAUGUUGAACACACAUUACAUGAUUUGGAAUAUUUUAAUAAAAUCUAAAUUAACAUAAAUAGUUAUGCAUAUAUUCUAUCUUUAUAUUAACAAUCUUUUCACUUAUCUCACAAUCUUACACAUAAGCUUCAAAUUUCCAUUGUUUAAAAAUAAGCAAUAUUUAAAGUUAUUUUAAAAAGACUAUAAAGAGUACUACAUUUCUCAGAACAUAUUUUGUGCCUCUUGAUAUGAGUAUGAAUAAAUUCAUUUUAAUUUAA